UAUAAAAUUGUUAUGGUAGUUUAGGAUCAGAAAAGUCUUACGUGGCAGUUGGCAAUCCUGAGUGAAGUAAAUAACCAAAACAAGCCUCUUGUUGACAACAUUUUGACAUUGCCCCUGAAGUACCAAAAUGAUGAUGGGAAGUAGAGAAAAGAACUACGAAGACCUUAUUUUCCCAUUUUGCGAUGAGGUCACAAAAUACGAGAAGCUUGACAAGAUAGGGCAAGGCACCUUUGGUGAGGUUUUUAAAGCAAGACAUAAAAAGACAAAGAAGGUUGUAGCACUCAAGAAAGUUUUGAUGGACAAUGAAAAAGAAGGUUUCCCCAUUACUGCUUUGAGAGAAAUCAAGAUUCUUCAACAGCUGAAACAUGACAAUGUUGUCAAACUCAAUGAAAUAUGUCGUACAAAGCCAUCAGCCUACAACCGGUGGCAUUCUACUUUCUACUUAGUAUUUGAUUUUUGUGAACAUGACCUUGCAGGAUUGCUGUCAAACUAUAAUGUAAAAUUCAGCCUUGGUGAAAUCAAGAAAGUAAUGCAACAACUUUUAGAAGGCUUAUUUUAUAUCCACAGUAGUAAGAUACUUCAUCGAGAUAUGAAGGCUGCUAAUGUUUUGAUCACAAAGACUGGAACAUUGAAGUUGGCCGAUUUUGGCCUCGCAAGAGCAUUUUCACAAAGGAAUGGUCAGCCUAAUAGGUACACCAAUCGUGUUGUUACUCUUUGGUAUCGUCCUCCUGAACUACUACUUGGGGAGAGAAAUUAUGGACCACCAAUUGACCUUUGGGGAGCAGGCUGUAUUAUGGCAGAAAUGUGGACAAGGACCCCUAUAAUGCAAGGAAGUACUGAACAGCACCAGCUUAAUUUGAUAUCACAGCUUUGUGGUUCAAUAACUCCAGAAGUUUGGCCAGGAGUUGAAAACUUGCCAUUGUAUUCUACCAUGGAACUUGCCAAAAAUCACAAAAGAAAAGUCAAGGAGCGGCUGAAGCCGUAUGUCAGAGAUCCUCAUGCUUGCGACCUUAUUGAUAAAAUGCUUACCUUGGAUGCAUCAAAAAGAAUAGAUGCUGACUGUUCCCUGAACCAUGAUUUCUUUUGGAUGGACCCACUUCCUUGUGAUUUAGGAAAAAUGCUCUCACAUCAUACUCAUAGUAUGUUUGAAUUUUUGGCAACACCACGCCGUGGCAAACAGCAACAACAGCAGCAACCACCUCCACAGUCACAGCAGUCACAAGCCAGUCAUUCAUCACAGCAGCUUCCCUCAUCCCAGUCUUCAAACCAGUCACAACAGGGCGCUUCAAGAAGAUCUGGUCACAGACCUUCAGCUUCAGCUAGUGUAGCUAGCAUGUCUUCUUGUCCAGAGAGAAUAUUUUAAUAAAUAGAGGAAUUUCAAAUUAUUGUAAAUAUAGUAUUAAGUUUAAAAGUAAAAUAACCAGAAUUAUUCCAGUGUUACUUUUAGCAAAAUUUAUAUCUUUCCAACUUGCUUUGUUUAGAAAAGUUCUUGUUUAUGACCCAAUGUUUUAAUGUCAAGAUAUUUUUAUAUAUUUAUUUAAAAUUUUAUAUUUAUUUUAUAUGUAUAUUUUCUUCUCAUUUUUGGCUUUAAGAAUGCAAAUAACUUAAGUACAAUUUGUGAAUACUGGUCAUACAUUCUUAAACAAAUGUAUAUUUGUAAAUAGUUGUAUAUAUACACUCUUCCAUACAGAGGUAAGUACCUGUGUAAAUAAGUUACCAGAUGCAAAUUUAUAAUGUGUCUAUAAUUUCUUAAUGGGCAUAUAGAUGUUAUACAUUUUUUAAACUAGUAAUCUCAAGGUCGUAACUUGAAGGUCAGUUUUAUUCAAGAUUAGGAGGUCAUGGUAGAUUCAUUGAAUGAUUUUCAUAUGAAAUUGCCAGGCUGCUCUGUAUAGUUUUGCAAACCAAAUUAUGGUUGUUCAGUAUUAUUUAUUGUGUAUGGUGCAUUUGUGGACAUUGCACACUCACCA